ACUGUGCAGCCCUGGCAAAUCGCAAACAAAUACAAAAAUAUUGCAAAUUCUUUUACAAAAUGAGCGCGGGUAAACGUGGAGCGUUUUUCGUUUUCGAAGGCUGCGACCGCAGCGGCAAGACGACUCAGAGCCGACUUUUGGCUGAGUUCUUGACGUCAAAAGGCAUUCCAACGCUGUCCAUGAACUUCCCGGAGCGGGAGUCAAGUAUUGGCCAGGUGAUAAACUCGUAUCUGACCAACAGCAAGGAUCUGCCGGACGAGGUGAUACAUUUGAUGUUUGCGGCGAACCGCUGGGAGUACAUGAACAAAAUCCGGAGGGAACUUUUGGCCGGCACCACGCUGAUUGUCGAUCGAUAUUCCUACUCUGGUGUCGCCUAUACCAUGGCCAAGGGACUGGACUUUGACUGGUGCUACGCACCGGAACGGGGACUCAUCAAGCCCGACGCGGUGUUUUUCCUGAAAACAGCGCCCGUUAACCUUUCGAGUCGCGGGAAGUACGGAGAAGAGCGCUAUGAGAAACUCGAGUUCCAGCACAAGGUGGCCGAGGUGUACAAUCGAAUUGGCGAGCGGGAAUUCAGCUACUGGCACGAAAUCGAUGCCAGCCAGCCCGUGGCGGAGUUACACACAAAGAUUUCAGGCAUUGCCGAGAAGCUGCAGCAGCAGGUGGAAGGGAAGCCGCUGGAUAAGCUAACAUAGCACAAAUCCCAGGCCCAGGCUCGGGCUCGGGACCAACAACGAGGGGAUUUAUUGUACAUUGAUUUAUGGCUUGGAAACGCAUUUGAUAUAUAUGUAAAUAUUGGCAA